AUGUACGAACGUGUCGCAGCCUUUCUCGUCCAGCUCCUGUUGCUAACGCACGCCCAUGCGCAGACCGAAACCGAACCACCGACGACUUUAACAAGCAAAGCGCCGUCCACCACCACGACCACCGUCACUACCACCGUUGCGUGGGAGACUGAGACCCUGAACGAGGGCCAGGCCAUCCAGAAGGCCUUGCAGUACCUGCUUCAGCACCGUCAGCCCGACUGGGGAUGGGGGAAUGACACUCACCAUGUCAUGCUCACUUUACAGCUUGCUAACAACACCGGCAAGGAAAUAGAGCAGCAAGGCCUGGAAAUGCAGCUCUCUGCCAAGCAGAUGGAGAUCGAAAUACUGUUGAUGAUGUCAAAACACCACGAGUCGCCGCCGCCGUUGGGCCGCCUGGCCGCGUACACGCUAGCCUUGGGUGCGCUCUGCAAGGACCCGCGCUCGUUCCACGGCCGCGACCUGGUCGCCGCGCUGCUCCACAGGGAGCCGCCCCACGACCUGGAGUUCGCGUACGCCACCCUCGCCGCGUGCUCGUCCGCCGCGCACGUGCGCCGCCGCCACAUACGCCGCCUGCUGGACAUCGCGAACGCCGCGGCGGACCACAGUCUAGAUACGAUAUCCAUGGUGAUCCUGGCUCUGCGCUGCGUCGUGCAAGACCACCGGCACCGCAGCUUGAUACACUUCGUGCGCCGCCCGAUGGCCGGCCUGGCCCGACAGCAGCACCCCGACGGCAGCUUCGGCUCUCUCACCACCACGGCGCUCGCCAUACAGGCCUUGGAGGACUCGGACAGCGGGCCCGCCGCCCACCAGCACUGGAGCCUGCCGGCCGCCAGGAAGUGGCUGCUGGAGCGGCAGGGCCCCGACGGCGGCUGGGGCGGCGUGGCGGAGACCGCCGCGGCGGUCGCGGCGCUCACGCCCGCCUCGCUCGCCGCGGUCCGGCCCCCGCACUGCAGCGACAAGCUGCUAGACAGCCGCCACGAGCCGCUGGACAGCAACGGUGGCGACGGCAGCUUGAAAGUGGCCUACCAAUCGGGCCACAACCACAAUGACUCCGACGCGCGAAACGUCUCAUUCACGUACACACUUUGGCUGGGAACCAACGUCACCGAAAACUACACCCUGUACAUGGUUGCGCCGAGGAACGUGUCGUUCUACCACGUGAUGCAAAUGGCCGCCGAGCAGGAGCCGAAGUUCAGGUUCGAGGCGAGCGAGUGGCCGAACGGCCACUACGUGCACACGCUCGCCGGCCACAAGGAGGAGCCGAUGGGCUACCACUACUGGCUGCUGUACCGGCUCCCGGAGGUGCCCGACCCGGCCACGCCGCCCGGCAACCAGCUCGUAGCGCCAGUCGGAGUCGACGACCUCCUUGUUGAAGACGGGGAACACUAUCUCUUCUGGUACAAGAAGCUG